AUGACCUUUUUCCACUCUAGUCCAUAUCAGCUCUUUUACACCAAAAGUAGGCUGCAGGGUGUGGUCGAUGUUUCUUUCUCGGGCCAUUCCAAAAUGGUGGAAAGGGUGGAAGUGAUGAAGCCACUGGCUUGCAUCUACUCUGCCCUCAUCCUGCACGAUGACAAGGUGACCGUCACAGAGGAUAAAAUCUAUGCCCUCAUUAAAGCAGCUGGUGUAAAUGUUGAACCUUUUUGGCCUGGUUUGUUUGCAAAGGCCCUGGCCAAUGUCAACAUUGGGAACCUCAUUUGCAAUGUAGGGGCUGGUGGGCCUGCUCCAGCAGCUGGUGCAGCACCAGCAGGAGGUCCUGCUCCCUCCACAGUGGCUACCCUAGCUAAGGAGAAGAAAGUGGAAGCCAAGAAAGAAGAAUCCAAUGAUGACAUGGGCUUUGGUCUUUUUGACUAA